CAGCUGGCAUCCGUGGGCUCAUGCGAGUCGGCUCGACACAAAUGGCGCCACCGAUUCCCCGCACCGCGCGCGGGCGCAUCGCGCCGCAUGCACUCGGAAAUUUUGCCCCCAUGGAUUUGGAUUCGGAUUUGGAAUCGGAAGCAGCGGCGGAGGAACCGCCCGAGCGGGUUUCACGCCCCGCACGAGCUUCGUUCUGGCGCUCCCUGCGAGUUUCUUUGGUCGUUGUCACUCCUCAGCUUUCCCCAGCGCGCUAGAGCGAAUCACUCGUGUUGCGUUUUCUUACCGUAGCAAAGCUUUCGAGCCUUCGAGCAUUGGAGCCUGCAAGCCUUGGAGCCUUCGACCCUUGGAGCCUUGGAGCCUUCAAGCCUUGGAGCCCAGCUGUUUCAGCGGCAGCCAUGGCGUCCAGCACGCAAGCGCCCGAGAAAACGCCGUCCCCGUCUCGGCCCGAGGAGGUGCCAGGCGAAGCCCCCUCCAUGGCAACACAGGCGCUCGAGGGAACCACCUCUAUGCUGCAGUCCUUCCGCCCCCUCAAGUCCUUCUGCCAGCACGUGAACACGUGGGCGCACUACGCGCAGAGCCCCGGGCGCAUGAUCGAGACGCACCACCUGGUUUCAAGGCUGACAGAGGACGUGCUGCAGUGCAUCGUGUUCGACUCGGACCAGGCGAAUGCACGCAUCAUCGGAGUGGAGUACAUAGUGGCGGAGUCGGUGUUUAAGAAGCUGCCAGAGGAGGAGAAGCAUCUGUGGCACUCGCACUACUAUGAGAUCUGCGAGGGGCUGUGGGUGAAUCCAGGGGUGCCCGAGGUGAUGCAGCAGCAGGAGCUGAAGAAACUGGUCAAGACCUACGGCAAGUUCUGGAACACAUGGCAGUUUGACAGGGGGGACCUCCUCCCCCUAGGGCCCCCGGCGCUCAUGCUCUCCCCCCAGGACCACCCCUUGGGGCGCGUGCCCUGCGCUGUGUUAGAGCAGAGGGAUGCUGGGCUGGGGAUAGAGACGGGGGAGAAGCAGGAGCAGCGGGAGACGGUGCUAGUGGACAAGGAGUGGGCGGCGACGGGGAAGGAUCGGGCGGCGGACUGGUGGAUGGAGAGCGGGACGGGUGGAGAAGGAGCGUGGGGUGGGGGAGGAGGAGACAUGUUUGGCUGGUCGACCGGCCCAGUCCUCUGAGAUGAGUGGUUGAGAGGGAGUUUAGUGCGCUUUGAUACGAUGCAACGGGUUUCCGGGACCCAUGAAAUGAAUGGGGUACUGCAAUGGUGCCUGUGUACAUAUAGCUUAGAGGCUUGUAAAUGCUGUAGGCAUGUAACAGUUUAAUUCUCAGCUGUCAAAGAAGUGAAGCCAC